CCCAGGGCACACGCCGCCGCCUGGCGCGAUGGACAACCAGGGGACCCGGCGGCACUGAGCAAGCAGGCACGAAGUCAAGCGAACCUGAGGUUCCCCGCCCAAGAAGCCCAACACAGUUCCCGCGGCCACGAUGAUCCCUCCAAGUGGCGCCCGUGAGGAUAGCGGAGACGGACUGACCGGGGAGGCGACGGGCACAGAGCAGCCUCCCUCUCCUGCGUCCACCAGCAGCCUGGAAUCCAAGCUCCAGAAACUAAAACGGUCACUUUCUUUCAAGACCAAGAGCUUGCGGAGCAAAAGUGCCGACAACUUCUUCCCAAGAAGCAACAGUGAUGUGAAACCGCAAGCAGACCUGCUGGCCAAGGCCAGCCCAGGCCCCAGCCCAAUACCCAUCCCUGGAAGCCCAGCGUCCGUGCCCACCAAGGCUGGCCUGCACCCCGGCAGCAACAGCAAGGUCCACACCUUUCAGGAGCAUGUCUUUAAGAAGCCCACCUUCUGUGAUGUCUGCAACCACAUGAUCGUGGGAACGCAUGCUAAGCACGGACUGCGCUGCGGAGCCUGUAAGAUGAGCGUCCAUCACAAGUGUGCAGAUGGCCUGGCACCCCAGCGGUGCAUGGGCAAGUUGCCAAAGGGAUUUCGGCGUUACUACAGCUCCCCCUUGCUCAUUCAUGAACAGUUUGGAUGCAUAAAAGAAGUUAUGCCUAUUGCUUGUGGUAAUAAAGUGGACCCAGUGUAUGAGGCCCUCCGAUUUGGCACGUCCCUGGCCCAGAGAACGAAGAAGAGCAGCUCAGGCAGCGGCUCUGACUCACCCCCCAGAACCUCGACAUCAGAGCUUGUAGAGGUUCCCGAAGAGGCUGAUGGGCCGGGAGAUGGAUCUGACAUCAGGACACGGAGCAACAGUGUGUUUGCGUAUCCAGAAAACGGGACCGAUGACUUCGGAGAUGAAGUAAAGACCAUAAGCCACCAGGGAUCUAUUUCCAAAGACCCAUUACAGAUGAACACCUACGUUGCCUUGUACAGAUUUAUACCACAGGAGAAUGAAGACUUGGAAAUGAGGCCAGGAGACAUGAUCACUCUCCUAGAAGACUCCAAUGAAGACUGGUGGAAGGGAAAGAUUCAGGACAGGGUUGGUUUCUUUCCAGCCAACUUUGUUCAGAGAGUAGAAGAGCAUGAGAAGAUUUAUAGGUGUGUUCGAACCUUCAUUGGCUGCAAGGAUCAGGGGCAGAUAACACUGAAAGAGAACCAGAUCUGUGUGACCUCUGAGGAAGAACGGGACGGCUUCAUCAGAGUCCUCAGUGGGAAGAAGAGAGGCCUCGUCCCACUGGAUGUACUGGUAGACGUGUGACUGCAGCAGUCCCUCCCAGUGCAGGAGGCCAGCGCUGCUGAUCUCUCUGUGUCCACCCAGGGGAACAGCUGCACUGAUGGGCGCCCAGAAGAUCUGAGACUGUGCUAGCAAUCUGGAAGCAGGCCCACUGCACAGCACAUCAAGGCUGCCUGAGAGCAGCAUCCCAGAGUUGAGGGCAGCUGGGGGCAGGAAGUGGGCUGUAGCUAAGGCUGCCCCAGGACUCGGCUCCCUUCCUGCCCACCUGUUCGAGGCUGGAGUUUGCUCCAGACCAUGGUGUGGUCCUAGUGAGAAGUUUGGAGCUGAGUAGCCAAGUUACUCUGGUUCUGGAUUGCUGGUCCCAGUGCUGGCCAAUCAGCCUCAGCAUGACUCCUGCAGAGAAUCAAGAAGGCCAGACUCCAGCUCCCAACACCCCAGGGCUCACUCACUCCAGCUCCCGCUCAGUUUGUGCCUCGGCUGGCAGGAUUGUUCUUUCUCUUCAGUCCUUCCAGCGCAACCAGCGUGGUACCAAGUGCAAAGAUGCAACUUACCUACAGAUUGGGAACAAGAGCAUCCUUUCUAUUUCAGUGACUCAGAAGUGACAGGGCAAGGUCCAAGGCACAGAAUCAAGGAGCCUCAGGAAGUGGGAGUGGGGACAAGGAAGGAGCCCUUAUGUAUUGGGAUCCUACAGCCCUUUUAGUUGGGGUGUUUUUUCCCUCAAAGCAGGAGAGGCUGGGAAUGGGGAGCAGGGAAGAGUCUCCAUUUUCAUUUCAUACCCUCUUUAUCAGGAGCAGCACGUCUUCCUGUGUGCAGCCUGUGGAGGAUGAGCCCACUGUGCAGGGAUCCAGGGACAGGGGAGCACCACCGAGAAAAACAUCUUAGAAUAAACGAAUCCAACUUAGAAUCCAUUCUUCUCUAGAGCGACGUUUUCAGCUCCAGCAGGUGUGAAGUGGAAAGACCCGUAAAGCUCCGCCUCUGUGCACACAGAAGCUGGGGCUGGGGCGUAGCUCACACCGCCUGGGGACACUGCUCUCCACCAGUACCGAUGUUUACAAGAACAUACAUACCACACUGCGAUGCCUUCCU